AUGCACAGCAAGGCAGGGACUGAACCUAGGAUGCCUGGCCCACCCUCUCAGAAACAUUUGCGACAAUGCAUUCAUGUUGGAAGCAAUGUCACGCUAAAGCUGGAGGACUCUGAUGUAGAAAAUUCAGAGAUGGGUGCUGAUUGCAUGCAAUUCCAUCAAAACAUUCAAUUACUUCAUAGAGGAAUGCAGACUACUGGUGAGAUCAAGGACGGACAAUUGAUGAUCGAAGUGGAAUCUGAACUGCGCCAAGUCAAGGAGCAACUGAGAGAUGCCGAAAAUAAUAUUGCAUACCUUUCGGAUAGGGUGUUGACAUACAGGUAUAGAUGGCUUGAGGAAUACUACCGUGCCGAGAACCUGGAUCACCAUAUGCCUCUUGACAUCUGCGUGCCUGACCUUCCUCAGGUUACAUAUGGUGCUCCCUCUCCCAGCAUCUCUUCAGAUAUUUUGAAGUGGGAUGAAGCAGAUGCAGGCUCAGAAUAG